AUGGAACAGCUCGAUUCAAUAGCUACUGAUGUCUUGCAUCAGUUUAAAUCAAAGAUAAAAGAAGCCAUUUGCCUGUUCAAUUCAAUGCCAGACUGUAUGAAACUGGAAGCUGUACACUUUUGGAAAGAUCUUUCUGUGAGAAUCAAAUUUUCUUCAGCUGAUCAGCCUCCCUCGGACGAAGAUUUACAUGUGGUUGAACUGGAACAUGUGGAGGAGGUGGUCUCCUCUCAAGUAGAUGGACAGAUCACAGAUGGUCAAGUUUCAGAUGCUGACACCCCGGGUCUGAUGGCCCUGGCAGAAAAGCUGCGAGUGGUGUGCUCUGAGAACAAGACCCCAGUGGAAUGCAAUGGCAGUGUAUUGUCUAAUGACGAGGAAGAUGUCACUGAGACCAUGUUCUGCUAUCCAGACAUUGACAUUGUCACUUGUGACAGGUUGAGUGACAAACAGACAAUAAAGUUGUCUGCGCCAGUGGAAAUCUCUCAUAUCUAUGCUAAAAAGGAUCUGUCUGAUGAUAUGAAAGAUUGUGAUGAUGCCCGGAAAGAUGAACUCAAAAAAGUGAUCGAAGAUGAAGAAGAAAUGGUGGAAGAGGAAACGAUAUUAGAUGUGGAAGAGAUGAAAGAUAUUGCAAAGACGGACCUUGAGAAAUUUCAGGCCCAAACGGAGAAUAACCCUGUGCUUCGUAAAAGUAAGCGGAUUCGGAUUCGAAAAGACAAGACAGAUAUGUAUUUUGAUUUGGAACUACCUGAUGGCGAUGGUCCUGCUCGUCUAGUAAAUACAAGUGAAACAGAUCUUAAUGACCCAGCCUGUGUUGAUGCUCUAAACAUUAUCUCCAAGGAGGUGAAAGCGACUAUCCAGUCGCGGACUUCCUGCCGGGGACGGAAGAAAUCACUGCCACGUAAUUCCAGUGGAUCUUAUACUUGUGAAGUAUGUGGGUUACAGCUGCAGUAUAUGGCUGCUCUUAUUGUUCAUCGACGUCGACACAGUGGGGAGAAACCAUUUACCUGUUCGAUUUGUGGACGUGGUUUCACUACAAAAGGUAACAAAUUACGGCACGAGAAAACACACUCAGGUGAAAAGCCUUAUGAAUGCCUUGAAUGCAAGAAACGCUUUACGGAAAAGAAAUCUCUCAAGGUUCACAUGAGAAGCCAUACUGGUGAACGGCCAUACAAGUGUAAAAUUUGUGGCCGAGGUUUUGCGCAGACAGGAAUUUUGCAAACUCAUAUUUACCUCCACACAGGACACAAAGGUCACUUAUGUGACACAUGUGGCAAGGCGUUCCGACAGAAAUCCCAGCUUCGACUGCACCAAAAGCGACAUUUGAACCAUCGGACAUUUCAGUGUCCUGAACCUGAUUGUGAAGCUUCAUUUUUUACCAAAGGUGAUCUUCAGAGACACAAAUUGAAACAUUCUGGUGCCCGUCCGUUUUUAUGUAAUUUAUGCCCCAAGACCUUCACACGCCUGCAGUACUUGAAAGAGCAUCUAAACCAGCACACUGGCAUCAAGCCUUACUCAUGCAAACUCUGUGACCUCUCUUUCUAUGACAUGUCAACAUACUACCGACAUGUACGUAGACACAAACCAGACCCUGAAGAAGAUGCUGCCAGUGCUACAGUAGCAGCUACGACUGCUGCUACAGCUACCGUAAUUGAAGCAGGUGAAGCAGUCCAUGAAGAUCCCGGUGCUGCUGUCAUGACGUAUAUUGUAACUUCAGCUGAAGUGACUGAAGAGGAACGGAAAGCGUUAGAGCAGCAAGCAGUUGUGGCUGCAGCUGCUGCUGCCGAGACUGAUGGCCAAUCACAUGAGACUCACCUUGCCACCAUUCCAAACGGACAGGGGGAUGGCCAGACUACGGAAGUCUACCAGAUCACUGUUGACCCCAGCCUUAUAACCCGAGAUGAACAGACUGGUCAGCAGGUGGUUACUACAGUGGAUUUCUCAGCCAUUAACCUCUUGGCCAAUGCAACUACACAAGAAUAUUUAAGUACUACUUCAUGA